AUGUGUAGGGCCUUCCCUACAACGCUGAAGGGCGUGGCGAGAAUUUGGUUCAGCCGACUGACAUCGAACUCCAUCAGCAUCUUCAAAGAACUUAGCGCUCAAUUUACCACGCACUUCAUCGGAGGCCAUCGGUACAAGAAGUCUACGGCUUGUUUGAUGAGUAUCAAGCAGCGAGAGGAUGAAACUUUAAGAGCCUACAUAUCCUGUUUCAAUAAGGAGGCACUCUCGAUCGACGAAACUGACGAUAAGAUACUUGUCGCAGCAUUCACAAAUGGGCUGAAGAAGGGUAAGUUUUUGUUCUUACUGUAUAAGAACGACCCAAAGACCAUGUCGGAAGUACUUUACCGAGCCACAAAGUAUAUGAACGCCGAAGAUGCGCUAUUGGCGUGA